AUGGCCCCCAAAAUUUCGUCAGCUCUCGGUUUUCACGAGCGCGAACGACUCUACAAAAAUCCGUCCAUUCUGGCAUUUACGUUAGAUGUCGGCCAAAACUAUCUUGAUCUGGGCGAUGGGACGAAGCAAACCGGAAAGGCUGGAAGCGCGCGCUAUACGUUGCUCUCAUCCAGUUUCAACAGCGCUCGUGUAUCUGUGGCUUUACACGCCAAGAAAUUCCAGGGCAUAAGUCAGCUUUGCAAACUGAGGAGCCAGCGUUCUAGAUCAUAUCCUGACUCGAUGAGUUUUCAGCACGGGUCAAAUGAGUACAAUCAUGACGAGAAACUGGACAAGACUCGUGCUAAGAAUCCAGAAUAUGAGUGUAUGUAUGUCGAUGUCAGGCUAACUGACGAGCAAGAAACUACUCGUUCGUCAUCUACAUUAAUCAAGAGUAGGUUGUCUAACUUUGUAUCAUCGCGAUCAUGGAUUAAAAAUGCCAAGUAG